CGUCCUCUCUCCAGAUAUAAGCCGGCCUCUAGGCUCUAGCUAGCUGUAGAGCUGAUUGCAACCAUGGAUAAUGAUAAGCUUGCUGCCUUGGUUGUGGUAGCAUUGCUCGGUUGUAUGGUGCAUACAUGCCAAGCGAGCUAUGGGUAUCCCAACCCAAUGCCGCCCAUCCCAAGCCCGACACCACCUACGGCACCGGCGCUCACCCUGAACUACUACAGCUAUUCCUGCCCUAAUGCGGAGGCAAUUGUGAGGGAGGCCGUAAAGAACGCCACAGACAACAAUCGCGGCAUCGGUGCCGGUCUCAUCCGGCUCUUCUUCCACGACUGUUUCGUCAGGGGUUGCGAUGCCUCGGUUCUCCUAGACGCGACGACGGCCAACCCGGAGCCGGAGAAGCUUGGCAUUCCAAACUUCCCCAGCCUCCGCGGCUUCGAGGUGAUCGACGCCGCAAAGGCGAAGCUUGAGAAGGAGUGCGGUGGGGUUGUCUCGUGCGCUGACAUCGUCGCUUUCGCUGGACGCGACGCCAGCUUCUUCCUCAGCAACGGCGUGGUAGACAUCAAAAUGCCGGCUGGCCGGUACGACGGGCGUGUGUCUUUCGCCAACGAGACCCUCCGCGACCUGCCCCCUCCCUUCGCCAACGUCACGGUGCUGGAGGCAAUGUUCAAAGCCAAGGGGCUCGACCUCGACGACAUGGUCACCCUCUCAGGCGCGCACACCGUCGGGAUCUCUCACUGCUCGUCCUUCGCUGACCGCCUCCCAGCCGAC